UUAUUAUGCAUUUUUUUUAUCUGAUUUUGCCUCCACUUGUUAUCCUGUUUUUCUCUCUCUAUCUUUCUGUUUUUUCAUCUCUCUCCUAUGAUCUCUCCCUGUUUUCAGGCGAUUUCCGGGUUUCUUUUCCAAAACCCUAAAAUCUCAUUACCGAAUUCUGUCUCAGCUAUAAGUAAAUAGUCACUCAUUUUUUAAUUAAUUAAUACUAAUAAUUCCAUAUUAUUUUCCCAGUAUUUGUAUCAUUAUUUCAUUUGUGAUAAUCAGGAAUACUAAUCAUUGUCCUUAAUUUGUAACUUAACCCGGGAAUUUUAGUUUUUAAUAUUUUCGUGGGUUUCAAUCAAAGUUAGAAAAAAGAAUAAGUUUUGAAAUUUGUUCUUUUUGUUUUUAAUUUUUCAAUUUCUGUCUGGCCCUAACGUUUCCCUUGUCAUCGUUGUGUUUUUUCGGUGUUUUUGUUUCGAGGGAAAAAAACGAGAGGAGGGGGAAGAUUUUGGAGGCAAGUUUUGUUUUGGGGUAGUUGUGAUUUAGAUUGUUUCGGCGAGGUUAAGGAUAUGGAAACAGAUGUGACCUCAGCUGUUAAAGAAAACUGAUUUUUGCCUUAUUUUUUUCAAAACAAAAAAUCGUUUUGUUUUGGUUCUUGAUGGUGGAAGAAGGGUGUGAUGAUUGAAUUUAAGGGUGGAUUUGAAGAAUCGGUGGUGACCCUUUUGUUGUUGUGUCUGUGGAUAGCUGUUAUUUUCAUCUCUUUGGUUUUGGGGAUGAGUAAAAAUGAUGACCAGAAUCAACAGGACCUUCUUCAUGGAGGUGUUGCUGCUGGUAGUGAUGGCAGAACCAACAGCAAGAACAACCGCAAUGGCUUUAUUCCCAGCUCCUUUCGUACUUUCUCUGGUUACCUGAAGAUUGUUUCAUCAGGCGCUUCUACCGUUGCUCGGUCAGCUGCUGCCUCUUUUGCAUCAUCGAUUUUGGAUAAGCAUGGUGAUACUGACCGUGAUCGGGUAAUUUGGGCUGGGUUUGACACGAUAGAGGGGCAGGGAGAAGUCACUCGGCAAGUACUUCUUCUAGGCUAUUGGUCCGGCUUCCAGGUUUGGGAUGUUGAUGAUUCAGAUAAUAUCUGUGACCUAGUUUCCAAACACGAUGGUCCUGUUUCUAUUAUGCAAAUGGUACCAAGUCCAACUGUACCGAAGAGACUGGAGGACAAGUUUGCAGACAUGCGUCCACUGUUGGCAGUAUGUGUGGAUGAUUUGUUGGUGGGGGGAGGAAAAAUACAAGAGGGGUUGGUUCCCACUAGCAAUGGGGGCACUUUAAACCAAGUGAAUGGAAACUAUCUGCCAUCAACUGUUCAAUUUUAUUCUAUGAGAUCCCAAUCAUAUGUUCAUACACUAAACUUUAGAUCAGUUGUUUAUUCUGUAAGAUGUAGUUCUCGAGUAGUUGCUGUUUCUCUAGCCACUCAGAUACACUGUUUUUCUCCCACAACUUUAGUAAGGGAAUAUAUUUUACAUACUAAUCCUAUAGUCAUGAGUUAUCCUGGUUCUGGAGGCAUUGGAUUUGGACCACUGGCAGUGGGUCCAAGAUGGCUGGCCUACAGUGGAAGCCCUACUGUAAUAGCUUCUUCUGGGCGUGUCAGCCCACAGCAUUUGACACCUUCUGCAAGCUUUCCUGGCUUUUCUUCAAAUGGGAGCUUGGUUGCGCACUAUGCCAAAGAGUCUAGCAAGCAUCUUGCCGCUGGGAUAGUGACCCUUGGAGAUAUGGGGUACAAGAAACUUUCAAGUUACUGCUCAGAACUUCUCCCAGAUAACAAUGGUCAUUCAACAGAUGUGGAAAGUGUUGGGAUGGUCAUUGUAAGGGAUAUUGUCAGUAAAAAUGUCAUUGCCCAAUUUCGGGCCCACAAGAGUCCCAUUUCAGCUUUAUGCUUUGAUCCUAGUGGCACCAUCUUAGUGACUGCUUCUGUUCAGGGGCAUAACAUUAAUGUUUUUAAGAUAAUGCCUGGAUAUGACAGAGUGUCAGCAUCUGAUGCUGGCCCUUCUUAUGUUCAUCUCUACAGGCUGCAACGUGGCUUGACAAAUGCAGUUAUUCAAGAUAUCAGUUUUAGUGUUGAUAGCAGGUGGAUUAUGAUUAGUUCCUCAAGGGGCACUAGCCAUCUGUUUGCUAUAAAUCCUCAAGGAGGACCUGUAAAUAUUCUAUCAUGUGACAAUAGUUUAACAGAAAACGAUGGUUUGAGUGUUAUGCCUAAUCAAGCAGUUCAUCGGCCUUGUAGUUCAGCUGUAAAAAUUUGUAAACAGCAGAGCCUCUGUGCUGCUGGUCCUCCUAUCACACUCUCUGUUGUUAGCAGAAUUAGGAAUGGAACUAAUGGCUGGAGAGGCACAGUAACUGGUGCCGCUGCAGCUGCAGCUGCGACAACUAGGUUGGGUUCCAUUUCCGGGGCUAUUACUUCUUCUUUCUAUAACUUAGAAGGCAGAAGUACCUUGUGUGUUAAUGGGAACUAUUCCAAGGAAAAGUAUCAUCUGUUGGUCUUUUCAUCCACAGGUUCAAUGAUACAAUAUGCUCUGCAGACAAUUAACUGUCAAGAUUCAGAUGUUGUUCCUGGAGUAAUUCCUGCACAUGAGUCUGCCCCUAUGACUGAUGCGAAAGUAGUUAUUGAGCCUAUCAAGAAGUGGAAUAUAAGUUGUAGACAUAGUUGGAGAGAGGGAGUAGAAAAUAUCGACAUUUAUGGAGAGAAUGGAGUUUCAGACAUCGAUAAAGUUUCUGAGGAAGUAAACGAUAAUAUCAUCAGCCCUAAAAUGAAGAAUCUAUCUCUGAAAUCGAAUCCCCGUUCUGAGAAAGAACAUCAUUUGUAUAUUUCAGAAGCUGAACUCCAUAUGCAUGAAGCAAAGACACAAUUGUGGGCAAAGACUGAGAUAUAUUUUCAUCCAGUGGCUAAAGAGGCUGCUUUGAUGAUGGAUGAAGAAGCUGCUCCUCGAGGGGAAUAUGAGAUUGAAAAGAUCCCGACUCGUGUGAUAGAAGCUAGGUCGAAAGACUUGGUUCCAAUUUUUGACUUUAUUCAGACUUCAAAAUUUCAACAUACAAGGAUUCCUGCUGUGGAUAACAAGUUAAAUGAACGAUUUUUGUAUCAAAAGGGAAGGAUUUCACCCAGUAGGAGAUCUCCUGGUUGUAUGCCUAAUUCUGGUGGAAAUAUUGCUGAAUUUAAAAGUGGCGUUGAAGGAAAUGAGGGGGAUUAUGGUUUGAUUCCAGCAGAAGCAGAGGGUCUUGUAAAUAACAAUAACACCCUUAAACCAGAUACUAGGCCAGAGACUGUAAAUAAUAGAAGGGAGCACAUAAACAUGGAUGUUCAUCACAUGUUUGUAAAUAGUGACAGAAAAGGUCUGAAACUGGAGAAUCACCAUGAAGAAAAAGGAGAGGAAUUUGAUUGAAGGCAUGAAAUAUUCUUUCAUUUCUCAGUGGAGGCUUUGUUAACUUUGUUUGGUUAUGGUUGAAGAGAUAGAGAAGUUUGAGUUGUAAGGACUUGACUGCUAUACCAAAAUGUGGAUAUUAUUACAUUGGGAUUCUUCAGUUGAUUUUGUAAAUAACAGACAAUAACAGACAAAUUCAUAUCAUAAAUAAUUAGUUUUGAUGGAUUUAGUUAUUGUAAAUAGUAAACAUGUGUAAAGAAGGUAAGGAUGCAUCAAUAUUCUACGAA